AGGGGUGGGGGGGGCGGAGGCGGGCGCGUGCCGGGCCCGGCGGAGGCGGAGGGAGCGGAGCAUGAAUGGAGCAAAAUGGCGGAUCAUGUGCAGAGCCUAGCCCAGCUAGAGAACCUGUGCAAGCAGCUGUAUGAGACCACAGACACUGCGACACGGCUGCAGGCAGAGAAGGCCCUGGUUGAGUUCACCAACAGUCCCGACUGCCUGAGCAAGUGCCAGCUGCUUCUAGAAAGAGGGAGUUCGUCCUACUCCCAGCUCCUGGCAGCUACAUGCCUUACGAAACUCGUGUCACGCACAAACAACCCGCUACCGUUGGAGCAGCGAAUUGAUAUCCGAAACUAUGUGCUCAACUACCUUGCCACCAGGCCGAAGCUGGCCACGUUUGUCACACAAGCACUGAUCCAGCUGUAUGCCAGGAUCACUAAGUUGGGCUGGUUUGACUGUCAGAAGGAUGAAUAUGUCUUCAGGAACGUGAUCACAGAUGUCACGAGGUUCUUGCAGGACAGUGUAGAGCACUGCAUCAUAGGAGUGACAAUCCUGUCCCAACUAACUAAUGAAAUUAAUCAAGUAAGUGCUACAGCCUUCCUCAGUGAAGCUGACACGACUCAUCCUCUGACCAAGCACAGGAAAAUAGCCUCUUCCUUCCGGGAUUCAUCUUUAUUUGAUAUUUUCACACUGUCAUGCAAUUUGCUGAAACAGGCUUCUGGGAAGAACCUGAACCUCAAUGAUGAGAGCCAGCACGGUCUGCUCAUGCAGCUUCUAAAGCUCACUCAUAAUUGCCUGAACUUUGAUUUCAUCGGCACGUCGACGGAUGAGUCCUCAGAUGAUCUUUGCACUGUGCAGAUCCCAACCAGUUGGAGAUCAGCAUUCUUGGAUUCUUCGACCCUUCAGCUGUUUUUUGAUCUUUAUCAUUCCAUCCCUCCUUCGUUUUCUCCUCUGGUGUUGUCCUGUUUAGUGCAGAUCGCCUCUGUACGCAGAUCCCUCUUCAACAACGCGGAACGAGCGAAGUUUCUGUCUCAUCUCGUUGAUGGAGUCAAGCGAAUACUGGAAAACCCCCAGAGUUUAUCAGACCCAAACAACUACCACGAGUUCUGCCGAUUGCUGGCCCGAUUGAAAAGCAAUUACCAGCUGGGGGAGCUGGUGAAGGUGGAGAACUACCCUGAGGUCAUCCGACUCAUUGCCAACUUCACCGUGACCAGCCUGCAGCACUGGGAGUUUGCACCAAACAGUGUUCACUAUCUGCUCAGCUUGUGGCAGCGCCUGGCGGCGUCGGUGCCCUACGUGAAAGCCACCGAGCCUCACAUGCUGGAAACGUACACACCUGAAGUCACCAAGGCGUACAUCACGUCCAGACUGGAAUCUGUGCACAUCAUACUGAGGGAUGGUCUGGAGGAUCCCCUGGAUGACACCGGCCUGGUGCAGCAGCAGCUGGAUCAGCUCUCCACCAUCGGCCGGUGUGAGUAUGAGAAGACGUGCGCUCUGCUCGUGCAGCUCUUUGACCAGUCGGCCCAGUCCUACCAGGAGCUGCUGCAAAGCGCCACCGCCAGCCCCAUGGACGUUGCUGUGCAGGAAGGGCGCCUGACGUGGCUGGUCUACAUCAUCGGGGCAGUGAUUGGUGGUAGGGUCUCAUUUGCCAGCACAGAUGAGCAGGAUGCAAUGGACGGCGAGCUGGUCUGUCGGGUGCUGCAGCUGAUGAACCUGACGGACUCACGGCUGGCACAGGCUGGCAAUGAGAAGUUGGAGCUUGCCAUGCUGAGCUUCUUUGAGCAGUUCCGGAAGAUCUAUAUUGGAGAUCAGGUGCAGAAGUCUUCCAAGCUGUACCGCCGUCUCUCAGAGGUCCUGGGGCUGAACGAUGAGACCAUGGUCCUGAGCGUCUUCAUAGGGAAAAUCAUCACCAACCUGAAGUACUGGGGUCGAUGUGAGCCCAUCACCUCCAAGACGCUGCAGCUGCUCAACGACCUCUCCAUCGGGUACAGCAGCGUCAGAAAGCUGGUGAAGCUGAGCGCUGUGCAGUUCAUGCUGAACAAUCACACGAGCGAGCACUUUUCCUUCCUGGGCAUUAACAAUCAGUCCAACCUGACUGACAUGAGAUGUCGGACUACGUUCUACACGGCACUCGGGCGUCUUCUCAUGGUGGAUUUAGGAGAAGAUGAGGAUCAGUACGAGCAGUUCAUGCUUCCCCUGACAGCUGCCUUUGAGACUGUGGCACAGAUGUUCAGCACAAAUACCUUCAACGAACAGGAGGCAAAAAGAACUUUGGUUGGUUUGGUGAGAGACUUGAGGGGAAUCGCCUUUGCCUUCAACGCCAAGACCAGCUUCAUGAUGCUGUUUGAGUGGAUCUACCCAUCCUACAUGCCAAUCCUACAGCGGGCCAUUGAGCUCUGGUACCACGACCCAGCCUGCACGACGCCUGUGCUCAAACUGAUGGCUGAGCUGGUGCAUAACAGGUCCCAACGGCUGCAGUUUGACGUGUCCUCGCCGAAUGGCAUCCUGCUCUUCAGAGAGACCAGUAAAAUGAUAACUACGUACGGAAAUCGAAUCCUAACGCUUGGGGAGGUGCCGAAGGAUCAAGUCUACGCCUUGAAGCUGAAGGGCAUUUCCAUCUGCUUCUCCAUGCUGAAGGCCGCGCUGAGCGGCAGCUACGUCAACUUCGGGGUGUUCCGUCUGUACGGGGACGACGCACUGGACAACGCCUUGCAAACCUUUAUCAAGCUGCUGCUCUCCAUCCCUCACAGCGACCUCCUGGACUAUCCCAAGCUCAGCCAGUCGUACUAUUCCUUGCUGGAAGUUCUGACCCAGGACCACAUGAACUUUAUAGCCAGUCUGGAGCCUCACGUAAUCAUGUAUAUUCUCUCUUCCAUUUCAGAAGGCCUCACUGCACUGGACACCAUGGUUUGCACGGGCUGCUGCUCCUGUUUGGACCACAUAGUCACCUAUCUCUUCAAGCAGCUGUCUCGCAGCACCAAGAAGAGGACCACGCCUCUGACCCAGGAGAGCGACCGCUUUCUGCACAUCAUGCAGCAGCACCCUGAGAUGAUCCAGCAGAUGCUGUCAACUGUGCUGAAUAUCAUCAUCUUCGAAGACUGCAGGAACCAGUGGUCCAUGUCGCGGCCUCUGCUCGGCCUGAUUCUGCUCAACGAGAAGUACUUCUCCGACCUGAGGAACAGCAUUGUGAACAGCCAACCCCCGGAGAAGCAGCAGGCCAUGCACCUCUGCUUCGAGAACCUGAUGGAAGGCAUCGAGCGCAACCUCCUCACCAAGAACAGGGACAGGUUCACGCAGAACCUGUCGGCCUUCAGACGGGAGGUGAACGACUCCAUGAAGAACUCCACCUACGGGGUCAACAGCAACGACAUGAUGAGCUGACGGCUCGCGGCUCCUCCCGCACGGCGCAGCGUCUCUCCGGCCCGGCCCACAGGGCUUCCCGUUUUCCGAUGGAAAGCAAAGCAGGGCCGAUUUCCAAUCCUUG